GUACAUGUGACCUUCGUUGCAAUCCAGGCAAAACCUCUCUCUCUCUGUCUCUUUUCUUUUGCCAUAUUCUUUUCUUUCAUUGUCAGGAGUGGACUAUUGUGUGGAGGUAUCAGCCAGGGAUUUGGUUUUUGGCAUUUUUAAAAAGAUCUCCUCACAUGAGCGAACAGCAUUGUGAUGGCGGAGGGAUCUGAGUUUGACCUCAACUACAUUACAGAGCGAAUCAUCGCUGUAACCUUCCACCAGUCCUGCUCCGAGCAAACCCAUGAGCACAGCCUGCGCAGUAUCACGCAGAUGCUGCAGUCUAAACAUUCUGAUCAAUACACAAUCAUCAACUUAUCCGAACGCACAGAUGUUCUCAACAGGAUAAAUCCCAGGGUGAUGGACAUGGGCUGGCCGGAGCAGCAUGCACCAUCACUUCACCUGCUGUGUUCAUUGUGUAAAAACAUGAACGUCUGGCUCAGCACACACCCUGAACAUAUACUGCUGCUACACUGCAAAGGCAGCAAAGACAGAGUGGGUGUGGUGAUAUCUUCUUACAUACAACUGUGUAAUGUUUCCACCAGUGAGGAACAAGCAUUGGAUCUCUACACCAUGAAAAAAUUCUGCAGUGAUAAAAUGGAAAAUCUCAUGACACCAUCUCAAAAAAGGUAUGUGCAGGUGUUUGGCAAACUGCUCACGCAUCAGAUCCACAUGAACCCUUCCCCUGUCUUCAUCCACCGCAUUGAUAUCCACCACAUUCCCGACUUCCACCCUACAGAGUGUAGGCUGUUUAUCAGAGUGUAUGAAGGCACGCAGACAGAAUACACAACAGGAGUGCAUCAGGUUGCCGUAGGUCAGAAAAAUAAAGCGUGUUUUAUUGUGGAACCCCCACAGAUGCUCAAGGGUGAUAUUAUGAUUGCGUGUUAUCGAAAUGUUGUUUCCACGAGAACGUAUGAGAUAGUGUUUCGUGUGCAGCUUCAUAUGGGAACUGUGUCUGGACACCGACUUUUCUUUCAGAAACAAGAUCUUGAUCAUGCAAACAAAGAUCCAAGAUUUCCGGAGGACGGUGUAGUAGAGGUGCUGUUUUCUGACACUGUGGACAGAGAUUCAUCUCUUACUUCAGUGUUUGGCCACCAGAGAAACAGUCCAGCAACUGUGACUGAAAACAACCCUGUGGGUUCUCUGGCUCAGUGGGACUCUAGUGAAUAUGUUACAACAGGAGCACAGCCAAAUGAAGGUCCCUGCUCUGUAAGCAGUGACUCUGGGCUCUCUAGUGCUUCUCAGUGGACUGGAGGACAAGUUUCUGCACUUCAUAUCAGCUACAGCUCUGAGGACCAGACCCAGCUCCACAAACCUAUCCCUGGACUCAGAAUGGAGGGGGAACAACCUUUUCCAGGCAUCACAAGGCAUGACCCUAUACCUGCCAAUCCAUCAGAGUCUACGUUUUACAACUCUAGUCACUUAAAUGGUGAAACUAUGUUCAUAGAACGAGAAACAGACAUUAUAGAUGAUGACGAUAUCCUUGCCUCUAAUAAUGUCAGUGCUGCUAUUUCACAGUCUAAGGGCACAAGAGAAAUGUUAGGUUUGUCUUCACUGAGGGGUGAACAGAACUCUGUCCUAUUGGAUGUUUGUCGGGGCGGUGAUGGUAUAAAUACCUCCAACACACACACAUCAGUAACUACUGGAUAUCAAACACAUGUAUGGGUGAAACAGCAGCAGUCGGUGUCAGGCAGUUCUUACUCACCAGCUCCAUCAGAUAGACUGGAACAGAGAGACGAGACGGAGCUCCACAGAGAUGCAAACAAACGUUCAUUACCAGACAAUGGCUUUCCAGAGGCAGAUAAGGAUGAUGAGUUUGCAACGCUUGCUUUGGAUAUAGAUCAAUCAAUCGAACAGUUAAAUCAACUCAUUCUGGACCUUGAUCCUGAGUUUGAGCCGAUUCCCACAAAGGCAAGGAGUUACAUGACCCGCUCUGCCUCCCUUCAUUCCAAUGGAAAGAUGCAUUCAGCCGGACAGGCAAAAGCCCACCAGUCAGGCUGGAAGCACAAACAGCUCAGUGAUGUCUCUGAAUACUCUGUACUACAUGCAGCUGGUGAUCGGUCACAGAACAUUCAGAGCUUUGCCAUCGGCACUCCAUCUAAGCAAAGUCUAUAUCACACGGACAGUGUUGACUUUGGUGACCUCACUCCAGAUGGUAGCAGCCCAAUGUGGGUGGGGCAUAACCAAGUACCGCCCACACCAGCAUUUCCUGUGUCACCCCCCACUCCAUAUGUGAAAACUACACAUGAUUUUCCUUCUAGACCUGCUUCACAAACCAGCAGGCACUACAUGGGCUCUCCAAUAUGGCAAGAGUCUCGAGGAUAUGUGGACAGCAUGACGCACACAUCCAUGUCUUCAGACGGAGAGCUCUUUCACUCGGAUGUCACAGGAAGUCCCGUCUCCUGUCAGAGGAUGUUUGGAUCCAUGCACUCUAUCUCCACACCGAGCCCAAUGGUCAAUACGGACAGCCCCACUGCAGCUCAUUCUUGGUUAGAGGGUGGCUCCAGUACCCCCCUGAGCCACUACACCCCCCAGCCCUCCCCACCACUCACCCUGUCUGCCCCCAACUCCCACAGCUCCCCCCGAGGAGCACCCCGCAGCCUGUCCUCCUCUCUGGACGUUGGGGGACUUGAGAACAGCCUGCUGGAGACAAUAGAGGGUUUGGAGGCCCUGGGUUUAGAUGUGGCUCAGCCUCCACUUCUACCCCUGAAGAGAAGAGGCACAGAGGGCUCAGAAACCAUGUUCAGUUUCCCGCUCAACAGAAGUGGGAUCAGCACAUCCUAUGCCAGUCAUAAUACAUCACCUACUAGAUCCACACCGAGUCCAGAUUUCCUGGCCAGUAAACCUGAAAACGUUAAGUUUGUUCAGGAUACGUCAAAGUUCUGGUACAAGCCAGACAUUUCUCGAGAGCAAGCCAUUGCCAUUCUCAAAGAUAAAGAGCCGGGCUUCUUCAUCAUCAGAGACAGUCACUCAUUCAGAGGAGCAUACGGAUUGGCCAUGAAAGUGGCCACGCCCCCACCUUCUGUUGUGCAGCAAAACAGAAAAAUGGGGGAUUUGUCCAAUGAGCUCGUCCGGCACUUCCUGAUUGAAUGCACACAGAAAGGCGUACGGUUAAAAGGCUGCCCCAAUGAACCCUACUUUGGGAGUCUCACGGCAUUGGUGUGUCAACACUCAACCACACCACUGGCAUUACCUUGCAGACUCAUCAUCCCCAGCAGAGAUCCACUUGAAGAACUAAAUGAAUCCCAAACACAAACAUCAACCAACUCUGCAGCAGAGCUACUAAAACAGGGAGCAGCGUGUAACGUGUGGUUCCUGGGCAGUGUGGAUCUGGAGUCUUUGACAGGAGUUCAGGGUGUGCAGAAAGCCACCACUGCAGUAUUCAGCAUGGAUCCUCCCUCCACGUCCACAGUUGUUCACUUUAAAGUGUCCGCACAGGGAAUUACACUCACAGACAACCAGAGGAAACUGUUCUUUAGGAGACACUAUGCCGUUAACACAGUGAUAUUCUGCGCCCUGGAUCCCCAGGACAGGAAGUGGACACGAGAUGGGUGCACAUCUGCAAAGAUCUUUGGCUUCAUCGCAAGGAAAAGUGGAAGCAGCACAGAGAACGUCUGUCACCUGUUUGCCGAACACGACCCUGAACAGCCCGCCAGCGCCAUCGUCAACUUUGUCUCCAAGGUGAUGAUAGGAUCUCAGAAGACCAAAUAGAAGAAAAUGUGCACUGAGAUUCAUCCUGGACAGCAACACAGAUCAAAGAUGAUUGAGGCAUUAAAACAAAUUCCCUGUUUUUUGACAAGGCACACAGAGGCGUUACAAAAUUUUGCGGGGCCCAGAACACCAUUUUUUUGGGUGGAGGACCCACAGCUCCAAGGGCUAAUGUGUAGCCUACACCUUAGUGGACCUUAGUAGACUCUAUUUAUCACAGAGCUCAAAUAAACGUUCUUGUUUGUCUCCCUGCCCUGGAAAGUACAUUCCUAAAAGGAGCGUUUGAAAACCGUGCUGGACUGUUGCACCACACAGAAAAUCCUGUAGGGGGAGACAGAUUUCUUUGUUUCACUAUUACCCUUCUGCUACCAUAAACUGAACCUGCUUAAAAGUCAAAAGUGAAAAUAUCAAACAGUUAUUUUAUUUUAGCGGUUUCGUUUGCAGUAUUUGAGAGGUCUGUGGUCAUUUGUAUGUUUUAAUAUGAACAGGCUGAUCUAUGAAGUAUGCUAUAAAUGAUGGAGAUAUAACUGUAGAUGAAUUUCUCUGGGCACAUACAUAAAGUAGGUUUGACCAAAGAGCUCAUUUUCAUACCAAUUAACUUUAAUUUCCCACGUUUAUUAUAUAUGUGUAUAUUAUCAGAUUACUUUUAUACUUCAAAAUAUUCAGUAAAGUCUAGUUUAUCUGUGUAUUUGUCUGUUUAUAAAGGGAAGCGUAACAGUUUCAUCCAGUAGGAUGCCUUAUAAUCCAUAUUGACCAUGUUUAUAUAUUUUGAAAUAUUUAUCAUAAAACUCUACUCUGUAUGUGCUCAUCUUUUACUCAUUUGUAUAUUGCUCAUGAGUUAACUCUAAAAAUACUCUUUAAAAUCUUGUUCAUGUGUGCAACAUGACAUAAAUUCACAAUUACACAUAAUAAAAGCCUAUAAAUGCUAAAUGAGGGUAUAAGCAGACAUCCGAACAUCUGAAGCAGACAGGCACAAUAUACGCUUGUAUAUUUAUAUUCGCUUUUCAUUAUUGUAAUUCAAGCUGUUCUACGGACACUUGCUUAUUGUACUGCCUAACUAUCUCUAUAUUUGUAAGUGAUUUUUCAUUGACUGCAAAGUACAUGCACAGAAUAAAAAUAAAGAAACAGUAUGGUACCAA